AUGUGCAACGAUGGGAAACGAUAUGACACGUAUACCGUUGCAUCCGUGGAAAUGCCGGCCAAGGUUUGGCAGAGGCUUCACAUGGACUUUGGAGAGACCACGGAUGGUAAAAGGUGGUUAAUAGUAGUGGACGCAAAAUCGAAAUGGCCUGAAGUAUUGCCUAUGAGCACAACGACCGUCGAGAAAACUAUAGAGAAGUUAUUUAGCACUCACGUCCUCCCGGAGCAAAUCGUAGUGGAUAAUGGGCCACAAUUCGUAGCUAAGGCAUUUAAGGAGUAUUGGAAAAAGAGGAACAUUGAGCUGACGUUCAUCCCGCCAUACCACCAUAAUUCAAAUGGCGAAGCGGAAAGGUUUGUACAGACCUUUAAGAGAGCGCACUAUAAAGGCAGGAAAGCCGCAAAAGCGGUGGACGCAAUAGUCAGCGGAUUUAUGUAUUAG